AUGUCGGAUUCCGUUAAUUUCCAACACUGGAUCCUAUGGAAUUCCUACACCAAGGAUCCGACUGUAGGUCCUGAUCCCGGAAUGACUCUCCUGGGUUUGAGUACAAAUAAUCCUGAUGGUGUUGAGCCUUUGCCAGACGCUAUUGCUGCCAAUGAAAAGUUUACUCAAUCCUUAUUUAUACCAGUAUCUGGCACAUCAAGGAUUCGAUUCAGAGUGAUUAACGGUGCAUCUUUGUCUAUGUACAAGUUUUUCAUUGACAGUUUGCCAUUACACAUAAUUGAACUUGAUCAAACAAAUACUGUCCCGUACAACGUCAGCUCAUUUGUUAUCAAUGUAGCACAACGUGUUUCUUUUUAUAUUGAUCUAAGCGAAUUAGAUCCAAUUUAUAGUUAA